UCAUGGGGGCUGAUGCGUUGGGGUUGCGGGUUGCAGGGGUGUGUGUGUGUGUGAGGGCUGCGCCGGGGUGCCAGUGGGGAGGUGGGGAGGGGGCGGAGGGGGCGGAGGGGGAGGGCGGGCAGCCAUGGUCUGCACACCAACACACACACACACGCAAAUGGGUACAUAGGCUUUCUGGUGGGUAUUGAUUGCCCUUGCUGCCACACUUACCUGGUUGUGAGUGUAUUGGUUGGGUGGUGCAUAGGGAUUGAAUGCUGGCGGGCCCUGGUUGUUGGUCAUCCACUGCACCAGCCAAAACAAGACACAUCCAUGUGCGUAUGCGAUUGGUCAGUGUUUGUGCAUCUGAUGUGUGUGUGUCCGCCCACUGACCGCAUUGGCAGGUCCAGGGAACAUCGGCGGAGUGUACAUCUGCAGGUGAAAUGCGGCACACAUAGGAAAAACACACGACCAUUCACACGAUACAGGACAAGUCGCCUUCUAUCGUUGCUCACCGUAUUGGUCUGCGCGUGGGCGUUUUGGAACUGUAGCGACGUCUGCAGCCCUCGCUCUCGCCCUUGACCACCGCCGCCGGCGCCACCACCAACAAUACCCUGACCACACAAUACAACACCGCAACACGCCACAUCCAUCCAUCCAAGGUCGCUCCCAUCCACCUUUCCCCUUACCAUCUGCCCCCGUCCAUUGGCUAUCUGCUGUCCGUGUUGUUGUUGUUGCAGUGGGGGUCCAGGAGGCCCCAUCCCAGCUAUGCUCUGAGCAGAGACAUGACAGAGAGCAUCCCGCAGAAGCAUCCCAUCCCAUCCCAUCCCAUCCAUCCAUCCAUCCACCUUGCCCGCUCUCCUGUCAUUGCAUACCUGAUUGCUGCCACUUGCUGCCACAGCGGCCGCCGUUUGCAUCACCUGGUGCACCUGCUGCUGUGCCGCACCGGGUGUGGAUGAAUGCUGUGAGGAGAAAGAGAUUGAGAGGAUGGCUGAUGGAGAAGAUCCCUUUGCCUCAUGGAGUGGGCGUUUCCUACCGAUUGAGUGUUGCCCGCAGAGGCAGGCGUGAGCGGCCUUGUAGGGGCGCCGCCCUGCUGCGGGUUGGGGUACAUCUUAUCGAGGCCUUCAAAGUCGCUAAGGCGCCGCAAACGUUGGAACACGUGCUACGCACGUAGGGAAGGGGAAUUUGCCCUCACGUCAUUGUGUUGUCAUCCGAAACACGUUCAUUCAACGAAAG